CUUGUGAGGUCUUGGCUUACUGCAAACUAUGACAGCACCUCUGUUGCCACUUGAGGAUUAAAGGUUAAUGAGGGAAACCAGAGUACCUGGAAACCCACCCAGACACGUGGUGAAACAUGCAAACUGCACAGAAACCCAAGAUGGCCCAAGAGUCACACCUGAGAACUUCUUGCUGUGAGAUGCAGGUGGGGCUUUGGCAGAUGGCUGAUGGAAUAAGAACAGUCACCACCUGGAGGUAGAGGAGGUCGCUGAGAGGCCACUCCACCCCACACCUGCCCAUAGUGCCAGGGAGGAGGAGGAGGCCUGAGUGGCACACCUGUCCCCCAGGGAAAUGACCACUGCAGCAGUAAGGGAGGCUGGGAAGAGCAGGGGGAACGAGUCUCUAAAAGCUGAGUGGUGUCACUGUGUGGUGGUUCUGAUCCUGAUGAAGUGAGAGAGUGGAGGAGAUGACUGGCCAUGGAUGGUUUUGACAAUGAGACAAAGCAUCUGUGCAGUCUACCUUGAAAAUGCCUCCGAGUUCAGAUGACGUGCGAAAGAAAUUUAUUUUAACAACAACCAGCAACUUCUUUCUAUUGAAGCUCCCCCCCUCACUGGAAAACAGCCCGGAACUCAACAGCUUUUUAGAUGAUGGAAAUGAAUUUGUACUCUCUGUCUACAAAAAUGAGAAUGACAUUCACAUGUCUAAAACGAUCGAGGGAUUGGGGAAAAACAAACAAAAGGUGUUGGUGUUCUUUAAAUUGCAACCAACCGUGAUCACAGAGGAAAAUCUUCACCAGAGCUUAUUGGUAUCAUCCAUGUUGGAUUCGCCCAUCAAUACUCUGUACCAGGCUGUUAAACAGGUCUUUGCACCUGUGCUGCUAAAGGAUGAGCGCUGGCGGGCAGUCUUUGAUCCAAAGCUGGCAGAUCUUCUCAGUGAACUUGAGCAGGGUCUGGGCUCAGUGGUCCGACAUCACGGAGUGCACCCUUCUUCAAAGAAGGAUCGUAAGGAGGAUGAUGUAUUAGGUAUUCUAACUCCCAAUGAUGAGUUUCAGUACUGGAUAGAUCUAGCUGAGAAUGCAGAAAAAAUCACAGUGCGAGAAAGAGCUGCACAUUUUGAAGAGCAAUUUAAACCUAUACAAAAGGAGUAUGCAGGGCUGGAAGGCUUGUCCAUGACAGACGUUGUAGAUUUGUUGGACAUCACGAAAGACACUCUAGAUGAUGUUUGGCGCCAGACUGAUUUUGAACCUUAUCCAGAGCCACGCAUGAGUCGUCUCAUGGAUGUUAUUGCUGGUGCACUGGGAAGAUAUGUACAAAAGAAACUGAGUGAUCAUAAAAUAUUUGAGGAGCCAUUCACCUCAGUCAGAGAGGACCUCAGAAUGGGUUUUUCGAUUUGUGAGCAGUGGGUGGUGACCUGUGAGCAUUUGACUGGCCAGGCAUGGAAAAGGCAUUCUCUUCAUCCAUGGAAAGGAAACAAACAUUGUCCACAAGUUUUGCAAAACCUUGGAAAAAGAUUAGAUGAAGUAAUCACUUUGCGCAUGGUCCAUGAGAAACUGUUGCGUUUGUUAUCAGGGGCAAAGCAGCAGACUCUAACUUCAGAUCUUGUGUUUGAGCCUUUCUCUGGACUCAACCCUUUGCAUUACAACCCCUACACUGAGCCCCUUUGGAAAGCAGCAGUGGCUCAGUUUGAGCGUCUAAUUACACCCUCAGAGCAGGAAGUUGCAGGCCGAUUAAAGAACUACAUUGCAGAUGUGCAGAACAAUCCUCAACAGCUGUUACAUGUGUUCCAAAAACAUAAAGAGUUAAUCCAGCGGCCCAGCAUCAGUAAAGAGCUGCAGUCAGAGAGAGAAGUCUUACUUGCCAGACUACUGGACUACAACAAAGGACUUAAGACUGACUUUGAAACCCGUUGUCAUGGGGGUCCUGGAGAUAAGUCUGGACCUUUCAUUGGUAGAAAUCUACCUGAAGUGGUCAACAAAAUAGUCUGGGUCCGACAGCUUAUACAUAAGCUUGAAGAUUCUUCUCGUAUCGCUGAGGCUCUACUCCCAGAUCUAUCUGGGUUUAAAGGGUUUCUGCGUUUUUCUGAUGAUCUGCUGGAUGUGUUAAGAGCAUAUGAGCAGGAGCAGUUUGAAGAUUGGUCCCGAGAUAUCCUAUCUGGACUGGCUGAUCCCAAAUCAGGAAUUAGUCUACAAGCCAGUAGCCGUGUGAUGGACCUAGACCAUGUAGAUGGUAGACUUCAGAUCCAGUACUCCGAUAGACUGGUCAGUCUGCUCAGAGAGGUCAGGCAGCUGUCUGCUUUAGGGUUUCCCAUCCCAGCUAAGAUACAACAGGCUGCUAAUACUGCAGACAAGUUCUAUAGACAGGCCAUUGUCCUAAAACAGGUUGCCCAUUUCUACAACACUAUUGACCAACAGAUGAUUCCCUCUCAGAAACCCAUGAUGCUCGGUUUGGCCUUAGCUUUUGAAGAGAUCAUCAAGAAUCCUCGUUCUAAUUCUAAGGAUUCCGGUGGAAAACUCCAGAUUACCUGGGACAAUCCGAAAGAAUUAGAGGUCUAUAUUGCUAAACUUCAGACUGCUGCAGAGAAACUCUCAACAGAAAACAGGAAGUUACGAAAAUGGCACACAGAUUUUGUUGACAAGGUGGUGACACUAAUGAAUGUUGAUCUACUGAGGCAUCAGCAGCGGUGGAAGGAGGGACUUCAAGACCUUCGUACUGGCUUUGCUGUUCUGGAGGCUCAAGGAUUCAGGUCUGAUGACAUGCGUGCUUGGAGACAGCACUGGAAUCAUCAGUUGUACAAGGCUCUUGAACAUCAGUAUCAAAUGGGACUGGAAGCUCUUAACAAGAACCUGCCAGAAAUACACGUCGAUCUUACUUUCAAACAGGGCCGUUUACAGUUUCGCCCUCCAUUUGAAGAAGUUCGAUCUCGAUACUUCAAGGAAAUGAAAAGGUUCAUCUCUAUUCCCAACCAGUUCAAAGGGGUCAGUGCCCAAGGGGAGGAGCUCAUCUUCAGCAUUAUGAUCGACAAGAAUGCAUCUGGGUUUCUCACCAUUUUCACCAAAGCAGAGGAUUUAUUCAGGCGCCUCCAAGCUAUACAAAACAAGUUCAAGGACUGGGUGGUGCUGGGUCAGGUGGAUUUGGAGAAGUUAGUGGAGAAACAUUUGAUCUCGAUGCAGGACUGGGAAAAAAACUUUAAAGCUCUUAAAGCCAAAGGAAAGGAAUCAGAGCGUCUGCCAAGUCAGGAGAAAGUGGACUGCAUUACUGUAAAUUGUGAGCCAGUAAAAGCAGCAAUUGAUGACCUGAUUCAAAGGCUAUUUGAAAUGCUCCUUAUGUCGCUCAGGAGGUCCAUACAAGGCCAUACACAAACCAUAGAGAGUUUUGUAUCUGAGUCAACAGAUGCCCUGUCCGUUCGACCGGAAAGUAUGGAGGAAAUCAGUGCAACUCGAGGGCAUUAUAACCACAUAUUGUCCAGAAAGCCUGAAAUACUACAACAGUUUCAAAGUGCUGAGGAGAAAAACCGCUUGCUGCGAUCGGUUGCUGGGGCUGGUCUAGACUCUAUCACUGCUCUGAAGGCCAAAUGGGAUAAACUAGAGCUUAUUAUGGAAAGCCACCAACUCAUGAUAAAAGAACAGGUGGAGGUAAUGCGAAGUAAAGUGGCAAGUCACAUGGAUACCUACAGAGCAGAUCUGGAAAGAUUUAAGGCCCGUUGGGACCAGCUCAAGCCCAAAGAAGAUAUUUUAGAGACUGGGGAUCACGCUGCCUUGCUUGGAUGCCUUCAGACCAUCAAAGAUAAACAGCAAGAGUUCCAAGAAUUAGAACUUGUUCGACACAAAUUGCUUGAAGACUGUACCUAUUUCAAUCUGGAAUGCCCAGAUUUUUCAUUAGCUGAAGAGACAAAACGAGAUAUGGAAGCGUAUAGUCAAAUGUGGGGUUUGUAUGAAGAGUGGCAGGAGGGCUUCAUGGAGAAAGCUCGAGAGGACUGGAUAACAUUCAGGAGUAAGACAUAUAUUUUUGAAGAAUUCCUCCUUAAUUGGCAGGAGAGGCUUCGUAAGUCUGAACAGCCCACUGCUAUGUCUGUUAAACUGCAAGCAGAAGUGGACAAAUACAAGAACAUGGUGCCUGUGCUGAAGUAUGUACGCGGUGAACAUCUGUCCCAGGACCAUUGGUUGGACAUGUUCAGAUUGUUGGGUCUACCAAAAGGCACCACGCUGGAGAGACUGACUUUCCAAGACCUACUCAAUGUAGCAAAUACCAUUGUAGAAAAAGCAUUUCAACUGAAGGAUCUGAAUAGCCGUGCCCAGGCUGAGGUGACGAUCAGAGAGGCACUGAGGGAGCUGGAUGUGUGGGGAGCAUCGGCGACAUUCACUCUCACUGAGUAUACUGACAGCAAUGGCCGCAGUCUCUCACUAAUCAAAGACUGGAAGGACAUCGUCAAUCAGGUUGGAGACAACCGCUGUCUUUUACAGUCCUUGAAAGAUUCUCCCUACUACGGUAGUUUUCAAGACAAGGUCAGUCUUUGGGAAGUUCGUUUGUCAGAUCUUGAUGAGUAUCUGCAAAGUCUUAAUACAAUCCAGAGACGGUGGGUUUAUUUAGAACCUAUUUUUGGACGUGGGGCAUUACCACGGGAGGAAGCUCGCUUUAAAAGAGUGGAUGAAGAUUUCAGAUCUAUUAUGUCAGACAUUCAAAGAGACAAUAGAGUGGUGUCACUGAGUUCCAGAGCUGGCAUCAGAAACUCUCUGGUUACUAUACUGGACCAGCUGCACCGCUGCCAGAAAUCACUCAAUGAGUUCUUAGAGGAGAAGCGCUCUGCCUUCCCUCGCUUUUAUUUCAUUGGAGAUGAUGAUCUUCUCGAGAUUCUGGGUCAGGCAACUAACCCCACUGUCAUCCAGUCACACCUCAAGAAACUAUUUGCAGGCAUCCAUAGUGUUGUAUUUGAUGAGCAGUGCCAGCACAUUGUAGCCAUGUGUUCUUUAGAAGGUGAAACAGUGUCACUGCAAAAUCAGAUACGUAUCUCAAGCCUAGUAGAGGGUUGGUUAGGUCAGUUGUCCGCUGAAAUGAAAGAGACUCUAAAGCAUCUCUUAUACGAGUGCGUCUUGGCUGGGAAGAAAGGACAGGUAGAUCCUUCACGCUACCCAUCUCAGAUUCUGUGUUUGGCUGAACAAAUCCAGUUUACGGAAGAUGUUGAAAAAGCUAUUAAAGAGCAGAAUUUGCAAAGACUGGAGCUGGAACUUAAAGCUAAACUGGAUCAUUACACAGCAAUAGACACAAAUUCAAUGGGCACUUCUAACACAGAUGCCAGUGUAUUGGAGUUGAAGCUAAAAGCUUUGAUCCUGGAUAUAAUUCACAAUGUAAGCGUAGUGAAGCAGCUCAGCCAGGAGGGGAUUACCAGUACGAAUGCCUGGGCAUGGAAGAAGCAGUUACGAUUUUACAUGGAAGCAGAUAAAUGCUGCCACAUACAGAUGGUGGAUGCCCAGUUCAACUAUACUUAUGAAUACCAGGGGAAUGCUGCAAAGCUAGUGCAUACUCCACUGACAGAUAAAUGCUACCUAACUCUGACUCAAGCCAUGGAAAUGGGGCUUGGAGGUAACCCCUAUGGGCCUGCUGGAACCGGCAAAACUGAGUCUGUCAAAGCCUUGGGUGGACUUUUUGGGAGGCAGGUGCUGGUGUUCAACUGUGAUGAGGGUAUUGAUGUCAAGUCAAUGGGCAGAAUCUUUGUGGGCUUGGUGAAGUGUGGUGCUUGGGGCUGCUUUGACGAGUUUAACCGAUUAGAAGAGGCUGUGCUAUCAGCAGUUUCUAUGCAAAUCCAGGCCAUUCAGGAUUCUCUUAAACAUAACAAGCCAACAUGUGAACUGCUUGGAAAACAGGUGGAAUUGGACCCAAACUCAGGUGUGUUCAUCACAAUGAACCCAGCAGGAAAAGGCUAUGGGGGCAGACAGAAGCUUCCAGACAAUCUGAAGCAACUUUUCAGACCUGUGGCUAUGAGCAAGCCGGACAAUGAGCUCAUCGCUGAGGUCAUACUCUACUCCGAGGGAUUCAAAAACGGAGAAGUUCUAGGAGGAAAGCUGGUGGCAAUCUUUCACUUGGCCAAGGAGCUGUUGACUCCUCAGAAACACUAUGACUGGGGACUGCGUGCUCUUAAGACUGUGCUAAAGGCCUGUGGCAGCCUCCUACAGUAUCAGAGAAAGAACCAAGACAAAGACAACAUUCAGGAGAGUAGCCUGGUGGUGCAAGCUUUACGACUAAACACCAUGUCAAAGCUAACGUUCUCAGACAGCUCACGAUUUGAUGCUUUGGUCCGAGAUGUAUUCUCUGGAGUAAAUUUCAGCGAUGUUGAAGAUCAAGUCUUAAUGCAUGCACUUGAGCAGGUUUAUAAAGAAGCUAGACUUGAGGUUAUACCAAGCCAGCUAAAGAAAGCUUUGGAACUGAAUGAGCAGCUAAGACAGCGUAUGGGUGUGGUAAUAGUAGGACCAAGUGGAGCUGGAAAGUCUACCCUGUGGAAAAUGCUUCAAGCUGCUCUUAAAAAGACAGGAAAAGUGGUGAAACAUUACACAAUGAAUCCCAAAGCUAUGCCCAGACAGCAACUCCUGGGUCACAUAGACGAUGACACCAGAGAAUGGGCUGAUGGAGUUCUUACACACAGUGCGAGAUGUGUGGUGAAAGAGCCACAAGAGGUGAACUCCUGGAUCGUGUGUGAUGGUGAUAUUGACCCAGACUGGAUUGAAAGUCUUAAUUCUGUUCUUGAUGAUAACCGGCUGUUGACCAUGGCAAGUGGAGAGAGAAUACAGUUUGGCCCCAAUGUCAACUUCUUAUUCGAAACUCAUGACCUGAAAAGUGCUUCACCGGCCACCAUCUCUCGCAUGGGCAUGAUAUUUCUGAGUGAUGAGGAUGUCGAUGUGAGCGCCUUGGUAAAGUCAUGGUUGCACAAUCAGCCAGAGGAGUGCCGCAGUAACCUCGAAAACUGGCUUGGUGACUACUUUUACCGAGGUCUUGAUUGGGUUACAAAACAGAGUGACUGUGCGGUUAAGACCAGUCGAGUGGGGACUGUUUUCAAUGGCCUCUCGCACCUCAAUGGAGUAACAGAGCGAGGUCAAUUUAUCAUCAGCCUUAUGAGGGGUCUUGGAGGGAACCUGCAUCUAAAAACACAACAGGAAUUCGCCAAAGAGCUGCUGAGCUGGGCCAGAGAGAGCCCUCCAAACGUCAAAAAACCUCUGGACACAUUCUACGACCCUGGCACUGGUCAUCUGUCUGCUUACGAGCUCCGUCGUCCUGACAGCCUCUCACUGGAACAGCUGGCUAACACGCAGAGGCUACCUGUGAUUGAGACCACAGAUAUGCAGAGGAGCUUGCACUGCUUCUCGCCAUGGCUCACUGCUAAACAGAGGCAGCCCUUCAUGGUGGUGGGGCCAGAGGGCUGUGGCAAAGGCAUGCUCCUGCGUUACGCCUUCUCCCAGCUGAGGUCCACACAGGUAGCCGUGGUCCACUGCAGUGCCCAGACAUCCUCGCGCCAUGUUCUACAGAAGCUCGGUCAGACCUGUUUGUUACUGAGCUCAAACACAGGCCGGGUUUUCAGACCUAAGGACUGUGAACACCUCGUCUUGUACCUUAAAGACAUCAACCUCCCCAAACCGGACAAAUGGGGCACCAGCAAUCUUAUUGCCUUUCUUCAACAGGUGUUGACCUACAAAGGAUUUUAUGAUGAAAACCUGGAGUGGGUCAGUCUUGAAAACAUCCAGAUUGUAGCUUCAAUGUCAACAGGAAGUGCUGUUGGGAGCCAUUCUCUCACCACGCGCUUCUCUUCUAUCGUCCGCAUCUGCACCAUUGAUUAUCCAGAUAGGGAACAGCUACAAACUAUCUACUCAGCGUAUUUGCAGCCAGUUCUCCAGCACAGCCUGGGUAGCCAGGCAGAGUGGGCCAGCACUGGGCGAAUACACCAGCUGGCUGGCUCCCUGGUGCAGCUUUAUGAACAGGUCAAAGUUAAAUUCACAGUUGAUGACCACAGCCAUUAUCUCUUCACACCCUGUAUCCUCACAGAGUGGGUUCUUAGCCUUCUGCGAUAUGACCUCACUGCAGCUCAAUCUAAUGUGACAGACAGCGUUAUGGAGGUGGUGGCAUAUGAGGCUAGGAGGCUUUUCAGAGACAGACUGGUUUCCCCCAAAGAUCUUCACACCUUUGAUAAUAUUUUGUCAUCCACUAUUCGGGGAGACUGGAGCUCUGAUGCAAUUGAUAACAUGACAGAUGGUUUCUAUGUGACAUGGGGUGCAUCUGAGGGGGCUGUGACUGCUCCAGGCCAGUCUCUGCCUCCUCAUGGUAAACAACUGGGACGUCUGACUUCUGCAGAUUUGAAACAAGUCAUACAAAAGGGAGUGGUGCUGUACAGUCGAGAUAACAGGGAGCUGGAUCUGCUGCUCUUCAGGGAGGUGUGUGACUUUGUGUCCAGAGUAGAGCGUGUCCUGAGCCGACCCGGCGGCUCUUUGCUCCUGGCAGGAAGGAGCGGUGUGGGCCGACAUACAGCCACAUGCCUUGUGUCACACAUGCACGGAUACACGCUGUUCACCCCCAAAAUCACCCGUAGUUACUCUCUCAAACAGUUCAACAAUGAUCUUAAGACCGUGAUGCAGCUGGCCGGUCUUGAUGGGCAACAAGUUGUUCUAUUGCUUGAAGACUAUCAGUUUGUCCUCCCAGCAUUUCUCGAGAUGGUGAAUAGCCUCCUGUCAUCAGGGGAAGUUCCAGGCCUUUACACACCAGAAGAGCUGGAGCCUUUGCUGUCUCCCCUCAAAGAUGCUGCUUCUCAGGAUGGAUUCACAGGACCACUUUACAACUACUUUUCCUACAGAAUCCAACAGAACCUCCAUAUAGUUCUUAUCAUGGACUCUUCCAACCCUAAUUUCACCAUCAGCUGUGAAAGUAACCCAGCCUUUUACCGCAAGUGUUCUGUGCAGUGGAUGGAAGGAUGGUCUGAUAGCAGCAUGAGGAAGAUUCCUGAGCUUUUGUUGGCUAAAAAUGAGCAAAGAGCUGAAAAGGUUGAAGGAGACAAGGCAUCCAAAGGGAAACAAUCUGGAUCUAGCCAGACAGAUCUUUGCCGUUUGUUUGUUAUGGUCCAUGAGUCAUGCAAAGAAAAUGGAGCAACCCCAAGCCAAUAUAUGUCCUUUUUGAAAGUUUACACUACAUUGUUCAGUCGCAAGCAGAGCCAGCUCACAACCCGGCAACAGCAUCUGCAGGCAGGUGUUUCCAAACUCAACGAAGCUAAGGCGCUGGUUGAUGAAUUAAAAAGCCGCGCGGCUGAGCAGAGUGCUUUGCUGAAGACUAAACAACAGGAGGCAGAUUCAGCCCUGCAGGAGAUCACUACUUCCAUGCAGAAUGCCAGUGACCAAAAGACUGAAAUGGAAAAAAUUAAAGGUAAAAUGGCUCAAGAGGUUUCAAAGAUUGAGGAAAGAAAAGCAAAAAUUGAUGAUGAGCUGAAGGAGGUUCAGCCCUUGGUAGAAGAAGCAAAACGUGCAGUGGGCAACAUCAAGCCUGAAGCUCUGUCAGAGAUCCGCUCGCUGCGCAUGCCCCCUGAUGUCAUCAGAGACAUCUUAGAGGGAGUCCUCAGGCUCAUGGGUAUCUUUGACACAUCCUGGGUCAGCAUGAAAAGCUUUUUAGCCAAACGUGGGGUGAGAGAAGACAUAGCAACAUUUGAGGCAAGAAACAUCACUCCUGAAAUUCGUCAGAGUGUAGAAGAACUACUGAAGAGAAACUAUGCCUCCUUUGACCCCAAGAAUGCAAAGCGGGCUAGUGCAGCAGCAGCGCCUCUAGCUGCUUGGGUCACAGCCAAUGUCCAGUACUCACAUGUCCUGGAGAAAAUAGAGCCACUGGAGAGAGAGCAGGCUGGACUAUUGGAAAACCUGAGAAAAACUGAAAACAGGAAAAAUAAACUUGAGGAUAUGCUCAACUCUGUUGGAGCCAGAGUCAGUGAGCUCAAAGAGAAGUUCCAGUGUCACACUGCUGAGGCUGCUAAGCUGGAAGCAGAAGUGACAAAAGCUCAGGACACCAUCACUGCAGCUGAGAAGCUCAUUUCACAACUGGACGGAGAGCACACACGCUGGAACGCACAGAUGUCAGAGAUAAAAAAUGAAUUGGAAACACUCCCUAUAAGAGCCAUGCUAGCAGCUGCCUUCAUCACCUAUCUAUCUGCAGCUCCUGAAGGCCGUAGAAGGCACUGUCUGGAGACUUGGAUGGCGCAAUCUGGACUGCAAAAAUUUGACUUGCGAUCCUUCCUUUGCACGGAGAGUGAGCAGUUGAUUUGGAAAAGUGAGGGACUGCCAUCUGAUGACCUUUCUAUGGAGAAUGCACUUGUCAUACUACAGAUCAAUGAGUUCAAGAGCGUGGCCUGCCCAUUCUUGAUUGAUCCGUUAUCACGAGCGACAGAGUGGCUAUGUACACAUCUGAAGCAGCACAGACUGGAGGUCAUCAACCAACAGGAUGGUAAUUUUAUGACAUCAUUGGAGUUGGCAGUAAGAUUUGGAAAAACUUUGGUGGUACAAGAAAUGGAUAGAGUCGAACCUGUUCUGUAUCCACUGCUGAGAAAAGAACUCAUUGCUCAAGGCCCUAGAUAUGUGGUUCAAAUAGGAGACAAACUCAUUGACUAUAAUGAGGAUUUCCAACUCUAUCUGGCAACACGAAAUCCAAACCCAUCCAUCCCUCCUGAUGCAGCUUCAGUUGUUACAGAGGUGAAUUUUACCACCACGAGAGCAGGUCUCAGAGGACAGCUUUUAGCCUUAACCAUCCAGCAAGAAAAGCCUGAAUUGGAGACAGAAAAGACCAGGCUGCUACAGCAGGAAGAAGAGAAGAAAAUACAGCUUGCAACUUUAGAAGAAUCAUUAUUAGAGACUCUGGCUACAGCUCAGGGUAAUAUUCUGGAGAAUAGAGAGCUGAUCGACAGUUUGAACCAGACCAAGGCCAGCAGUGCCCUCAUCCAGGAAUCACUGCUGGAAUCCCACAGACUGCAGGCUUCUUUGGAUCAGGAGCGUGAUGCCUACCUGCCACUCGCUGAAAGUGCCAGCAAAAUGUUUUUCGUCAUCACAGACCUGUCAAGGAUCAACAACAUGUACCGUUUCAGCUUGGCAUCUUUCCUGCGCUUGUUCCAGAGAGCUUUGCAGGCUAAGAAGGAAAUGGAGACUACUGAGGCCAGAAUUUCUGCUCUGGAGACCAACCUUACAAAUAUGGUGUAUGAAUAUGUCUGUCGCUCACUGUUUAAGGCAGAUCAGCUGAUGUUCGCCGUGCACUUUGUUAAAGGGAUGCACCCAGAGCUUUUCCAGGAAAAUGAGUGGGAUGUAUUCACUGGGUCCAUUGUUGGAGAAAUGUUUAAAAAAGAGGAAUUCCCGUCUUGGAUCGACCAGGAAAGACAUGCAGCGCUGGCAGUUCUCAAAGCGACUUUCCCUGCCCUCUAUCAGUCCCUGUAUUUGAAUGAUGCAGAUCUUUGGCAGUCCUUCUCUAGAAGUUCCCACUGUGAACAGGAAAUGCCCCCCUCCAUUGUCAAGAAGAUUACAGCUUUCCAACAGCUUCUAUUGGUCCAAGCCAUCAGACCAGACAGACUACAGAGUGCCAUGGUCGCCUUUGCCUCUCAAGCUUUGUGUAUGAAGGAGCUCUCGCCUCCACCCCUGAACCUCCGGCGGCUCUUUGCUGAGACUUUAGAAGGAGAGCCUGUGUUGAUCAUCAUCUCUCCGGGGGCAGAUCCCUCACAGGAGCUGGCAGAGCUGGCUGCAGAGACUGUGGGAAGAGAGAACUAUCAUGAGAUUUCCAUGGGUCAGGGCCAGGCUGAUGUGGCCUUAGCUGCUCUGAGAGAAUGCUCGCGAAAUGGAGACUGGCUUUGCCUGAAAAACCUUCACCUUGUCACUACAUGGCUCCCACUGCUAGAAAAAGAACUGAAUGCACUGCAACCCAAACCAGGCUUCCGUCUUUGGCUUACAGCAGAAGUUCACCCCAGGUUUCCUCUGAUCUUGCUUGAAAUCAGCCUCAAGAUCACCUAUGAGGCUCCACCUGGGUUAAAAAAGAAUCUUUUAAGAACAUAUGAAUCCUGGACUCCUGAACAGAUCAGUAAAGGGGGAGUUCUGUCAAGGGCUCAGAGUCUGUUUUGCCUGGCCUGGUUCCAUGCUGUCUGCCAGGAGAGACGUAACUACAUACCCCAGGGUUGGACAAAAUUCUAUGAGUUUUCUUUGUCGGACCUCCGGGCUGGUUACGAAAUUAUUGACAGACUUUUCGAAGGUGGUAAAGCCUUUGAAUGGGAGUUCAUCCAUGGCUUGUUUGAAUGUGCCAUUUACGGCGGGCGCAUUGAUAAUCCGUCUGACCUGCGCAUCCUCCGGUCCUACCUGGAGCAGUUCUUCUCAGCGCGCCUGCUCUCCUCUUCAGCUGGACAAAGAAAGAACAGAGGGGGAGUGAGGGGCUUCCCACCGCAAAUUACUCUACCUAACUCCUGUUCAAUUUUGGACUACCGCGGUGUGAUUGCGAAUCUCCCAGAGGACGACAGGCCGGCAUUUUUUGGUCUGCCAGCCAACAUCGAGAGGUCCUCCCAGCGGAUCGUCAGCUCUCAGGUUAUUUCUCAGCUGCGUGUGCUCAGCCGCUCUGUAGCUAUGGGGUCAAAGUUCGACAGGGAGCUUUGGUCCAAUGGGCUUUCACCAAUCCUCAACUUGUGGAAGAAACUCAAUCAGGGUUCUGCUCUGCUCCACCAGAAGCUUGCCCCACCAGUAGAGGGUCAGGGCUCUCCAGUCAAGUCAUUCAUCGCCUUAGAGGAGUUCAAUGCUAUCGACUUGGUUCAGACUAUCCAUCAGUCGCUGGCUGCAUUGAGUAAAGUCAUCCGGGGGACACAGCUGCUGACUCCAGCGGUGGAAAAACUGGCCACAGCUCUGCUCAAUCAGGAGUGUCCUCUAAAAUGGCAGCAAGACUGGGAAGGGCCAGAGGAGCCAAUGCAGUACCUCAGAGCAGUUGUAGCACGUGCUCUAGCCAUAAAGGGCUGGGUGGAGCGCGCCAGCAGACAGGCCCUCCUAUCUGACACGCUGGAUCUGUCGGAGCUGUUUCAUCCUGACACUUUCCUCAACGCUCUCAGACAAGAAACCGCCAGGUCUAUGGGUUGUUCUAUGGAUAGUCUGGUUUUCGCAACAUCGUGGAAGACUCACAUUGUGCAGGCUAAACUACAAGUCAAGGUGGGGGGUCUGCAGUUAGAAGGCUGCAGUUUUGACGGAACUCAUCUCAGUGAAAACCAGCACGACUCUCCCAGCGUGUCCGCCGUGCCUCCCUGUUACAUGGCCUGGGUCCCACAGAAGUCUCCCGCUGACCUUGGCUCCUCGGAGGGCAGGAUCUGGCUCCCUUUGUACACCACGUCGGAGCGGCUGAAGGUGGUCACGCACAUCAGCUUGCCCUGUGGAGCUAACCCCAGCCAGUGGAUCCAGACCGGAGCCGCCUUCUUUCUCAAGCAACAAUGAGAGCCCGGGCAGGCUGGACACCACACCCUCUGUCACAUCUCAGGCCAAACUCUAAAUGCGAUGGUGCAAUCUGCCAUAUCUGUUUUGAUGCGGACAAACCACGCGUGCUCCUGAUUGGCUGAUCCACCUGUCAAUCACGCCCAUCUGAACUCUGGAGGAUUCACCUGUGACUCACAUGUUCGUGAAGUAUUGACGAUGCUGUGAGUCUGUGUCCUGGAUCCCAAGUAAAGUGCAUGAACUAUUUGAACCAGCCUUCACUGUGUCCUUGAAUGGGCACGAGGAAUAAGUUUAUGGAACAUGGAUUUUGUGAUUGGAGAGAGGUUACUGACUCACUUCACUUGGACUAAGAGUUAAUGCGUUUAUUUGAAUGGCUACGCUACUAUUAGCACUUGGAAUUUGUCAUAAUGUCUAUAAUUUGACAGUAAUAUAACUAGGAUGUGUAUUGUUAGCUAAUAUUAUUUUCUGAAUAAUAUACAUGAAAGAUUUUAGCAUUUGCACAAAAGACAACAGAUCCCUGCUUUUCAAAUCUUGCAAAGCUUUUUUUGUUUCGUGUCCUCUGUGUGUUUUCAUAUUUAUUCUUUUCAAAAUAAAGGGCGUUAUUAUGUUA